AUGGCGCGACGAGUGGUGAUGACGGCGGAGCCGCGAGAGAAGGCGAGGUUGGCGCACGAGGCGUACGAGGCGGUCUUGGCGGGCGAGGCCGCCGUGGCGAGCGACGGGUUCGUCGGCGCGCGCGCGGAGAUGCCUCGCAGGCCGGCGAGACCGGAGAAACCGAGAUUGGUGCCGCCGAAGGAUGUCCCGAGCCCGAAGAAUUCACCCCUCGGGGCGGUGGCGCACGUGAUGCACAACGUGGCGCACAUCGAACUGAACGCUAUCGACUUGGCGAUGGACACGGUCGCGCGAUUCGCUUCGUUGAGAGGGGCGCUUCCCGAUCAGUUCUUCAUCGAUUUCGCUCACGUCGCGGACGACGAAUCGAGACAUUUAUUAUGGUGUUUGCAACGAUUGGAAGAGCUCGGGGUGGAGUACGGGGACAUGGUGGCGCAUGACGUCUUGUGGGAGGGCGCGGAGGCAACUGCGGAGGAUCCGCUCGCGCGCUUGGCCGUCGUGCCGUGCAUGCAGGAAGCGAGAGGUUUAGACGCCGGCCCGCGUUUGGUCGAACGGCUCGUUGGGCACGGCGAUAAUCGAUCGGCGUCCAUCAUUCGACGCAUCAGCGACGAGGAGGUCGGGCACGUCGCUGUCGGUGCCGCGUGGUUCCGAACCGUCUGCGAGGUCCUUCGCGACGUCGAUGCCGAGACAUCCGGCGAGGACGUAGCGGCGGCAACGUUUCGCUCGUACAUCCGUCGUCUCGCCCCGGACGCUCUUCGCGGUCCCUUCAACGUCGAGGACCGCGCGCGCGCUGGCAUUGAUCCAUCUUGGUUCACCGACGACGUCGCCUCGGCCGUUCCGGUCGAGCGCCACACGCACGCGAUCGACGUCGACGCCGCCAGAGCCCUUCGCGAUCGUCUCUCGAACGUAGUCGAGAUCGAGCAACGCGCGGCGCAUCAUUAG